AUGCCUGGUGUACCUGGUCCAGCCGGGUCUCCUGGAUCUGCCGGACCUGCAGGAAGAACUGGAGAACCGGGUUCUGUUGGUCCAAGAGGAUUGUCAGGAAAAAUUGGGUUGAAAGGAGAAAAGGGGGAUCCGGGAAGAGAAGGAAAACAAGGUGACUCUGGAACGCGUGGAAAAGCUGGUCCAAAAGGAGAGAAAGGAGAACUAGGAAUUAGGGGACCAAUUGGUUCUGUAGGGAUUAAAGGAAUCAAAGGAAUAAGAGGCAUAGAAGGCCCAAGGGGGCAGAAAGGAGAGCGUGGAGUACAAGGAAAACCGGGAAUCAUUCCUAGACUAGAAAUCGACCGGCUGACAUCGCUUGUACUGAAUUUGUCAGCAAAUCUGCAGUUACUACAGCAAGAGGUUGCUUUGUUAAACGCCACUACCAUUACCUCACAGUCAAUCAAUAAUCAAAGUGAGUGGCGAUAUGUUAAGGACAGCAAGAUUAUUACGACGAGUAGCGGCAGGCGUGCUGAAGCACACUUUAGUGUAUCAGAUUACGGUUAUGAUGUAUCGAAGUUCAAGUUUCGUAGAGUGGAGCUGAACGCACAAGCUACAGGAGAUCUGGAUGGCAGUCACGAAUAUUUAGAAAUGUAUUUUAAUUCUAUUCAAGUCGGUAAAAAGUGGAAUAGUGGAGUUUCAAAUUGUGCUGGUUCUCUCUAUCAAGUGGAUUCUUACCCAAUUCAAAAACAAGUUGAAGCUUCUACUUUUACGUUUGGCGUAUUCGCGUCUUUUGGUACUGGCUGUCCAAAAGUGCAAGUAACACUAACAAAGUUCCAAGUCAUGAAGAAAUGAACAAGAGUGUGUUCCGGUUGUCGGCAAUAAACAAAUGUUACUAGCACAGUUUAGAGCUACUAAAAGUAUGUGUUUGAACGUUUAGGAAAGAUUUCUCGAGUCGAGUAACAACGUAGCUCGUUUGCUAGACUAUAGCUUUUAAUCGGCAUUCUUUACUAGUAAAUGGUGGACAAGCAAAUUUGAAAUGUCAGUAGUUUAAAUAACACAUUAUAGUAAAUUUUCGUUAUACGUUGAGA